AUUACUUGUAUUUAAAUCUCCAUUAUCAACAGUUUAAAAAAAUACGUUUUUAGUCUGGAUACAUCUUGAAUACAGUCUUUAAUCCUUCCUAUUUCAAUACUUCUCGUUUGCCUGAUUACUCAGUUUAAAUCCAAAGUUGAAGCCAAGUGAGUCUAGGAGAGGCAAACUGUGAUGGAUUACUGGAGGGGAAGGUUAGACUGGGAUCCAUGGAUUGCCAGAGGUUACUGGGGUGAAGCAGGUGCCCAUCUAGACAACAGUGGGUUGUGAAUGGAAGACAUGUUAUUGCCAGUGGUGGCUGAGGGACACCGAUCAGUUGGAGAAGCAGGCGUUGGGCAGUUUUAACUACCUGUUGUAGAGCCCUCCUGUCCGCUGCAGGGCAGUUUCUGUACCAGACAGUGAUGCAAGUUGUUAGAAAGAAGAGAAAGUCUGCAGAGGCUGGAAAUCCAAAGCAACACACACACACACGAUGCUGGAGGAGCUCAGCAGGCCAGGCAGCGUCCAUGGAUAGGAGCGCAGUCGACAUUUCAGGACAUGUUCGGGUGCUGUAUUAAUGUGGAUAGCCCAGCUCUCUUUAGCCUCCCCUGCCAUUCAGCAGGCACCCUGCCCCAUGUUGGUGCAGUCAGACCCAGCUGCUCCGGGGGUGUAGAGAUGGUGCGAGUAGAGGCCAGAUGGAGCGGUGGCGGCGGAAAGCAGCGCCCAGCCGGCCGCCCGACCCACGCCGCGCCGUGAGCGGUUCCCUGCGUGAACCGGAAGGCCGCCCCGGUUCCGGGGGAGGUGCUGGGCUCAGCGGUCCCGGCGCCGCCCCCCACCGUGAUGCCGAGGAGCGAGCGGCUGCCCCUCGGCGACACGCUGGCCUGGCGCUGUGGGAGACGGGGAGGCCGCCGGACUCCCGGUUCGGGCCGACAGGAGGAGGCGCGGUGGUUGCGGCGGCUAUGAGCCUGGAGGAGCCCGAGAGCUACGCAGACAUUCAAGAAGCCGAGGUGCAGGCCUUGAACUCCAUCUACGGCCAGGACUUCCGAGACCUGCGUGAGCAGGACCCGUGGAAGGUGAAACGCCCCCCUGAAAUCUGUAUUGUGCUGCACCCUCGGGGAGUGGGCAGUGUUGAAGAUAGCCAUGUGGCAGUGGACUUGCAUGUUACUUGCCCACCCAACUAUCCAGAUGUACCUCCAGAAAUUGAGCUGAAGAGAACAAAGGGGCUGUCAAAUGAAAAGCUGAACCAGCUGCGGGCAGAGCUGGUGAACCGGGCCAAAGAUUUUUGCGGAGAGGUGAUGAUAUUCCUCUUGGUGGAUCAUGUGCAGUCCUUUCUCAGUGAACACAACAUCCCUCCUUCCAAGUCUUUCUAUGAGGAGAUGCUGAAGAACCAACAGGAGCAGAGGGAGCGGCUUGCGCAGGAACAACAGCGCAGGAUGGAACAGAAAAAGAAGCACGAAGAGAAAAUGCAACGUGAAAUCCUUGAAGAAAUACAGAGGCGAGAAGAAGAAAAGAAAGAUGCAAAGAAACUGGAUCAAUUGGCCAAGCAGGAAAGGUUGGAAAGUGCCCAAGAGAUCUUUCCAGUUAACACUUCCAGAAUUCCUGCUUUAAACCAGCAGCCUUCUGCCAGUUUGAACAACAACACGAUGGACCGAGUCGAUCACAAAAAAGGAGGGAACAGUCGUCGCCGAGCAAGUUCCAACGGCCGCUCCAAGCGAGAACGCCAGAUUUCUGUAUGCAGCAAUGAAGACGGUUCUAAACUGCACAAAGUGAUACACUUUAACACAGGAUCAACCAGAGCGUUUACCGUACACUUGGGAAGAUUUGUUGGUGAGAGUGAAAAUCUGAGCCGAUCAGUUUACAAUGCUUUCGAAGAGUUGACAGGAAAUUUUGUGAUGAUCUAUGAGUGGGUUCUUCAAUGGCAGAAGAAGAUGGGCAAGUUUCUCACCAGUGAGGAGAAGGACAAGAUUGAAGAAUGCAAAAAAAAGAUUCAAGGUGCAGAAACUGAGUUUAGUUCCCUGUUGAAACUGAGCCACGAGAAUCUGGUACAUUACAUGGCGAUGUGCUGUAAGGAGCAGGAGAACUCCAUUGUGGUCAGUCUGCUUGUGGAAUACAUCAAUGGCUCCAGCCUCUCCGAGGUUCUGAGCAAAGGGACCCCAGUUGCAGUCGACCAGCUCCAGCAUUAUGCAGUGCAGCUGCUGACAGCCUUGGACUACCUCCACAGUAACUCAGUGGUGCACAAGGUGCUUGAUGCCUCCAGUGUUCUGGUGGACAACAAAGGCAAUGUGAAACUGACAGAUUACAGCAUCUCUAAGAGGCUGGCAGACAUAUGCAAGGAGGAUGUGUUUGAGCAGACGAAAGUGCGAUUCAGUGAGAAUGCUCUGCCUUACAAGAGUGGAAAAAAGGGGGAUGUCUGGAGGCUGGGCCUCCUCUUGUUGGCUCUUAGCCAGGGGGCAGUUGUGAAGGAAUACCCAAUAACUGUGCCAAACAACCUGCCCAGUAACUUCCAGGAUUUCCUUAACAAGUGUGUAUGUUUGGAGGACAAAGCACGCUGGAACCCGCAUCAGCUGCUUCAGCAUUCCUUUAUCAAGCCCCCAGUUCCACGUGCUCCUUCCUGUGGCAACGAAGAAAGUCCAGAAGGUUUGGCUGGAGGAGUGGACUGUGCAGAAACUGUUGUCCCAAGUAGCCAGCUUCUGAAAGCUUCACUCUACACAGACGUCCAAAAGCAACACUCACAUUAUUACAGUGAGUUUGAGGAGCUGCAACUUCUGGGGAAAGGUGCCUUUGGAGCUGUCAUCAAGGUGAAGAAUAAAUUGGAUGGCGGUUACUAUGCUGUUAAACGCAUCCUGGUGAAUCCCAACAGUAAGCAGUUCCGCAGGAUAAAGGUUGAGGUGACACUGCUGUCACGUCUAAGUCAUGAAAACAUUGUGAGGUACUACAACGCCUGGAUCGAGAAACAUGAAGUACAGCCUGCCCUGGACUCGAGCACGGAAUGUUCCGAACAAACGUCCGAGGCAGACCACCAGAACCAGUGGAUUCUGUCGGAUGAUGUCGAAAAAAAUGCCCCGCCUCCAGUUACAACCAGUUCAGUGGAGUGGAGCACAUCGUGUGAAAGAUCAUCAAGUGCCAAAUGUGGGGACAGGGAGUCAAGUGACGAGGAUGACGAAGACGAUGUGUUUUGUGCAUCCUUUUUACAAGCCGAUGUUGAUUCAGACAGUGACAUUAUCUUUGAGAAUGGUGAUGAAAACAGCAACAACAUCUCCAUGUGUAGAGAAGCUACAAGCAAGAAGGAUCCAGGCAAUGAGAGAGUGGAGAAAGCAGAGAUUGUGCUGGUGCCGCAGACUGUGCACUAUUUAUAUAUUCAGAUGGAGUACUGCGAGAAAAGCACUCUACGAGACACAAUCGACCGUGGACUGUAUGAAGACACCAGCCGCCUUUGGAGGCUCUUCCGGGAAAUCCUUGAUGGAUUAGCCUACAUCCACGAACAGGGAAUGAUUCACAGGGAUCUGAAACCUGUUAAUAUUUUCCUUGAUUCAUGUGAUCAUGUGAAAAUAGGAGACUUCGGCUUAGCCACAGAUCACCUUGCUAAUGUGGAAGGUGACAAGCUGGAAGCAGAUGGAAGUGGACCGAUUCACGGGAUUAAAUCUGACCCAGCAGUUCCAGAGAACUUAACUGGAAUGGUCGGCACUGCUCUGUAUGUGAGCCCUGAAGUACAGGGCAAUGCAAAGGCCACUUACAAUCAGAAAGUAGACCUGUUCAGUUUAGGGAUCAUUUUCUUUGAGAUGUCGUAUCAUCCUAUGGCUACCGCUUCCGAGAGGAUUUUUGUCCUCAACAAGCUUCGAAUGCCAACUAUCGAGUUUCCUGAAGAUUUUGAUGAAGAAAAGCAGAAACGUAUCAUUGGCUGGUUGUUGGAUCAUGACCCAACCAAACGCCCCACUGCAGUUGAGCUGCUGAGAAGUGACCUCCUCCCUCCACCCCAAAUGGAAGAGUCAGAACUGCACGAAAUGCUGCAUCACACCCUGGCCAACACCAGCAGUAAGGCUUACCGAACCAUGGUCACUCAGCUGUUCUCCCAACGUAUUACUCCUGGCAUGGAUUUCACCUAUGACUCUGAUGUUUAUAAGAACAAUUUCUCAGUUCAGCAUAGCAUGGUGCAGGAGUUUGUGCGGGAGACGGUGUGCCGAAUGUUCAAAAGGCACGGUGCCACUUAUGUGAACACACCACUAAUUAUGCCAAAGAACAAAAAAUUGUAUGAGAGUAGUGAAGGAGUUCACUUCAUGGACCAUAGUGGAAUGUUGGUCAUGCUUCCCCUUAACCUUAGGGUGCCAUUUGCGAGAUUUGUGGUAAGAAACCGCAUCACCAAUUUAAAAAGGUAUUGUAUUGAACGAGUAUUCAGACCUCGAAGGCCGCACCGCUCUCACCCUAAAGAACUCUUAGAAUGUGCAUUUGAUAUUGUCACACCGAACACAAACAACUUGCUACCAGAUGCAGAGAUCAUCCAAGCCAUUGCCCAGAUUAUUAAAUUGUUUCAUGUACUGCAGGAGAGGAACUAUAGCAUCUAUCUGAACCAUAUCUGCCUGCUGAAGGCAGUGCUGCUGCAUUGUGGGAUACCGGAGGACAAACUCCAGCAGGUGUGCAACAUCCUGUGCGAUGUCAUGACAGGGAAGCUGACCAAACGAGAGAUGGAAGCCAUGUUCUACAAUCUCUCCCUGUCACAGAAUAAUCUCUUGCACCUGUACAAGUACAUCGAAGUCAAGUUGGACAUAGAAGAAUUGAGCAGUGUGUUGAACCCACUGAUGAAAGGGGAGUUAGCUGUUUCCCAGCUGGCAAAGCAAAGUUUAAAGGACUUGGAAGCUGUGACAGAUCUCCUAAAGAAACUUGACAUUGGGCUUCAGGUGGAGAUCAAUCUGGGUCUUGUCUACAAGAUGCACCUAUACAGUGGAAUCAUCUUCCAGUUUGUUGCAUUUGUAAAACGGCGACACCGUCUUGUGCCAGAUAUCCUUGCAGCGGGAGGGAGAUAUGACAAUCUGAUCCUCGAGUUUGCUCGUCCGCAUCUCACAGGCCCGGUUCCCACUGCUGUAGGAGUCAGCCUGGCCUUGGAUAAAAUCUCCUCGCUUUCUAACGCAUUGAUACCACCUGAUGGUUGCCAUUAUAAGGCAGUGGUGUUUGCAAUCAGUAGGACUUUGAUUGACAGAUCUAUCAGCAUCAUCCAGAAUCUGUGGACAGUGGGGAUAAAUGCUGAGCUCCUCUGUGAUGUCUCCCAGGAAGAAGUCCAGCAGCAUUGCAAACAGACCGGAAUCAGUUAUUUAAUCCUGGUCUCAGAUAAAGAGAAAGACCAUGUGAAGGUGAGGUCAUUUGAAAAGGACAAGCAGACGGAAAAGCGAGUUUUGGUAUCAAAGUUAGUUGAUCAUUUCUCCGAGAAGCUGUGGCGCAAAGUGUCCGAUGACAAGAGCAGCAGCAGGGAAUCUCGAGAGACCUUCUCCUCUCAGGGCCUGAUAGGAUCACUCUGCUGUGCUACAGGAUCUUUUGAAUCAAACGGAGGUUCAAUUACCCCACAUCUCACUUUCAUUCCACCUGACAAGUUAUCUGUCAGCAACAAAGAGCAGUACAGAGAGAAGGUUGUAACAAGACUUAAAAGCUUUGUCAGUAACCUGCAGCAGAAAGGGAGUGAAAUUGAAGUUUUAAUGGUUGAUGUGUCGAAGGAAACCGUGAAGAGCUUCUUGUCACUGAAGUGUGACAGGGACGAGCAAACAUUUUACACCAGUGUCCAACAGCUACUCUCUCAGUCACCUAAACAACGAUAUCUGAAAUCCAUUUGUGACCAAAUCCACCACUUCAAGUUAAUCAAGAGAGUGUCCAUGCUGCUUCUGUACAGUUACAAAGAUGACUACUACCAGAUUAUGUUCUAGCGAGAUUCCUGGUUUGAAGUUUGUACAAGAGCACUGCAUGGAGCAGUGUGCACAGAUUAUUUUGAUGUGUGGGAGUUUCAUGAGUUAAUUACUUGGGAGAGCACAAAACUGGGAAUAUUUGAAUCAAAUAUGUCAAUCCAGUGUGUUGUGGAUGCACAUACUUCGUAUUAGUGCAGUGUGUUAAACUGUACCAUCAUCGUCAUUCCGCUGUUCAUCUCAGCAUCAUCCCUUCCUCUAGUUACUCUCUCCACCCAAGCUCUGGGCUCCAGUUUUAUGGAGGCUAUAACCACCCAUCCCACCCCACAGCCAACGCUCCCCUGCACCCUGCAGCCAUUCCUUCAGCUAAAGCCCAAGUAAAAGCUGACAGGCACAGCUCCACACCGCAUCCUUGCCAUUCAGUCAAAGUAGCUGCCCGUUCCUUCACAUUAGGGGCACUGCCCCAUCCGUGGUGUGACCUGAUGUAACAAGUCAAGUAUGUUCCUCUUCUGAGGCAGACGUUUACUGUCACUAGCAGUCCCUGCGUUUUCUUCGUUAAUGAUUACACCUGACCAUCUAGCCGUGGUGGGACUGCCCCACACUGUUCAGCAGAGCUCAGGUCAUAGAAAUUCUCUUGCUGCUUGAGUCUGGGACUGCGAUGUGUCCCACCACUGUCCACUGUGCUAACCAUGCCUGCAGCCACGCUGCAUUUUCUCUCGUCCCUCCUUCCGAGCAGCCGUUUUGCUCACUGUUUGGUCUCGCGCAGCCAACUGUUUGAUGGGAAUGAGUGCCUUUUAAAUCCACCAGCCUACCUUAAUCAAUGUCAGCAGAUUUUCUGUUUAACUAAGUUCGAACAAUAAGGCAAUGUGAUUGGCCCACCCGCUUCAUGAGGUAUUUGUUUUGCUUUAGGAAUCAUAGUGUUUAAUUUUCAAAGAAGAAUCUUUGAAUCAUGUCUAACUGAGCGUUGUAGUACCAGAUUGUGUAUAACUAGUGGCUCCAAUCUGUCGGCAGGCACGAGAGCCACUCUGGUGAGUUGAGGAGUACUUUACGGGUUUUAAAGUUGCUACUAAUGUGUUGCUUAUCCAAUCCAUUGAGGAUUGAUAGUGUCCCCCCUCAGCUGAGUCACUCUGGUUUCUGAUUGUACAGAAAAGCAGCCUUGCAUCGGGACUGAAGCUAAGUUUGUAGAAUUAUGAAAUAUUGUAGAAUUAGCCAGAAAUAGUGAGGAAAGUAACACAGCCUAGCUGCUACGGAGUUUGUUGUCGUGCUGGUGUUGAACAAUUCUGAAGGAUCAAAGGUGAGCGAUACAAACCGAAGCCAUUGUACUUUAUCAUGAUGCUUUUAUUCUGCCUUAAGACCGUGUUGUUGGUGCAGCAACCAGAGGAACAACCAAAUGAUAGACCUGAAGUUCUGAUGCUACUACUUGGUUUUUAGCGUUUUGUCAAGGUGCCCUUAGUAAGAGCAAUCUCCAGGGACUUUCAAAGCUUAAGUUGAUUAUACUUGAAAUUUAGAUCAUUCUAAAUUGUGAAAUUGAACAGUGAGCAUAAAGUGACUUUUGCUGUAAAUCUGGAGAAAAAUAAACUUUGUCUGUACAUGAGACUUUUA